CACUUCCUCUUUCACUCAUUUUUCUUUUCUUCUCCCUUCACAAGUCAAAGCAACAUUACAUAAAUAUUAUUUCUGUUCUGUGUGUUACUAUUUCGGUAUUUCCUCUGAGACACACUGAUUGAAUAAAAACUUGCAGCAAUGGCUGCUCUACCCUUCUCAACAACCUGCAGGCAUUCCAACUCACCUUUACAUCACAAUUCAAAAACAAGCUUCAUAGGUUUCAGCCAAAGAAACAAUAUUUGGCAGUUGUUUGUCAUCACAAAGUCAAAUUCCAGACGGGCAAUAAGAAAGCUCUGCGUGAAGAAUGUCACCAGCGAUAAGAAGCAGGAACUGGAAGAACCACUCAAUGAACAAGACACUUUCAAUGAAUUUGUACCAGAUUCUGCAUCUAUUGCUUCAAGCAUCAAAUUCCAUGCCGAGUUCACCAGCCCUUUUUCUCCAGAGAAGUUUGAGCUCAAUAAGGCUUUCUUUGCAACGGCAGAGAGUGUUCGUGAUUCCCUCAUCAUAAAUUGGAAUGCAACAAAUGACUACUAUGAAAGGAUGAACGUUAAGCAAGCUUAUUAUAUGUCUAUGGAGUAUCUACAGGGUAGGGCAUUGCUAAAUGCAAUUGGGAAUUUACAGCUCUCAGGUCCUUAUGCUGAGGCUCUUAGAAAGCUGGGUCACAAUUUAGAGGAUGUGGCUAAUAAGGAGCCGGAUGCUGCCCUUGGGAAUGGGGGAUUAGGUCGGCUUGCUUCUUGCUUUCUGGACUCCUUGGCAACCUUGAAUUACCCUGCAUGGGGAUAUGGACUUAGAUACAAGUAUGGUUUAUUCAAACAACACAUAACAAAGGAUGGACAAGUGGAAGUUGCUGAAAACUGGCUUGAGAUGGGAAAUCCCUGGGAAAUUCUGAAAAAUGAUGUCUCUUAUCCAGUUAAAUUCUAUGGAGAAGUUAUUUCAGGGCCAAAUGGAAGUAAACAGUGGGUUGGUGGAGAAAAUAUAUUGGCUGUUGCUUAUGAUGUUCCAAUACCUGGAUACAAAACUAGAACCACUAUAAACCUGCGGUUAUGGUCCACUAAAGUUUCACCAGAAGAAUUUGAUUUGCAAGCUUAUAAUUCUGGAGAUCAUGCCAAAGCAUAUGCUGUUAUGAAAAAUGCAGAGAAGAUCUGCUACGUUCUGUACCCUGGUGAUGAAUCAAUAGAUGGAAAGACUCUGCGACUGAAGCAACAAUACACACUAUGCUCUGCUUCUCUCCAGGACAUCUUUGCACGCUUUGAAAGGAGAUUGGGAAAGAGAGUAAAUUGGGACACUCUCCCAGAUAAAGUGGUGGUGCAAAUGAAUGAUACUCACCCAACUCUCUGCAUUCCUGAGAUAAUUAGGAUAUUGGUGGAUGUCAAGGGUUUAAGUUGGGAGAAAGCCUGGAAUAUUACUAAGAGAACGGUUGCUUACACAAAUCACACAAUUCUACCGGAGGCACUAGAGAAAUGGAGUUUGACUCUUCUUCAGGAUUUGCUUCCUCGACACAUGGAAAUAAUACGAAAGAUAGAUGAGGAGUUGAUAAAUGAAAUCAUUUCUGAGUAUGGGAUAGAUGAUCUGGACUUAUUCCAACAAAGGCUUAAAAAAAUGAGAAUACUAGAAAAUAUCGAGUUGCCUAACUCAGUGAUGGAGCUGCUUAGCAUUACAGAAGAGACUCCAGCUGUUGAUCCUGUGAAGGAAAUUGAUGUUGAUGAUACUGAUGUAAAGGCAACUGAAAAAGAAGAUGGUGAUGAUGAUGAUGACUAUGAAGUAGUAGAAGAGGAACAAGAAGAAGAUAAUGAAGAACCAUCUGUCGAAGAGGAUACUAGCAAUAAAAUAGAACUGAAAUUCAAAGUUGAUCCAAAGCUACCAAUGAUGGUUCGCAUGGCUAAUCUAUGUGUUGUUGGUGGGUUUUCUGUAAAUGGGGUAGCUGAGAUUCAUAGCAAGAUUGUAAAGGAGGAAGUUUUUGAUGAAUUUUACAAGUUGUGGCCUGAGAAAUUCCAGAAUAAAACAAAUGGGGUGACUCCUAGAAGAUGGAUCCGUUUCUGCAAUCCUGAUCUUAGUAAAAUCAUAACCAAGUGGAUUGGAACAGAAGACUGGGUGACAGAUCUUGAGAAAUUGGCUAUACUUCGCAAGUUUGCAGAUAAUGAGGAUCUACAGCUAGAGUGGAUAGAAGCAAAAAGAAGAAACAAGAUUAGGGUUGCAUCAUUUCUCAAAGAGAAAACCGGUUAUGUUGUCAAUCCAAAUGCAAUGUUUGAUGUACAGGUGAAACGCAUUCAUGAAUACAAACGACAGUUAUUGAAUAUCUUGGGAAUUGUUUAUCGCUACAAAAAGAUGAAAGAAUUGAGUGCUGAGGAAAGGAAAGAUAUGUUUGUUCCUCGAGUUUGUAUUUUUGGGGGAAAAGCAUUUGCAACAUAUGUUCAAGCCAAGCGGAUAGUAAAAUUCAUCACAGAUGUGGGAGCUACAAUCAACAGUGAUCCAGAGAUUGGCGAUCUUUUGAAGGUUGUAUUUGUUCCUGAUUACAAUGUCAGUGUUGCUGAAAUGCUAAUUCCUGGCAGUGAGUUGUCCCAGCACAUCAGCACGGCUGGGAUGGAAGCCAGUGGAACAAGCAACAUGAAAUUUGCAAUGAAUGGAUGCAUAGUUAUUGGAACUCUUGAUGGAGCUAAUGUUGAAAUAAGAGAAGAGGUUGGAGAAGAUAACUUCUUUCUUUUUGGUGCGCGAGCUCAAGAAAUUGUCGGGCUACGGAAAGAAAGAGUUGAGGGAAAGUUUGUACCAGAUCCACGGUUUGAAGAAGUAAAGGCAUAUGUAAGAAGUGGUGUUUUUGGCCCUUACAAUUACGAAGAAUUGAUGGGGUCCUUGGAAGGGAAUGAAGGCUAUGGUCGUGCUGAUUAUUUCCUUGUUGGCAAGGACUUCCCUAGCUACCUGGAGUGCCAAGAAGAAGUUGACAAGGCUUAUCAUGAUCAAAAAAGAUGGACAAAAAUGUCAAUCUUGAACACAGCUGGUUCAUUCAAAUUCAGCAGUGACCGGACCAUUCAUGAAUAUGCUAGAGAUAUAUGGAGAAUUGAACCCGUUGAAUUGGCUUGAAAAGUUACUCACAAGCUGAAUUUGAUGCAUAUUACAUUCAAGAGUCUAAGCAUAAAAGGAUUUACUCCUCGAGAUCACCAUCUUCUGUAUCCCAAUAUGUUAGAGACUAUGCUGCCUAGCUUACAUUAGAGAAAAGAAAGUUGUGUAUGUUGAAGACAUUAAUUGUUGAAGGACUUGAGAAUAAGUAGCUUUGGAAAACAAAGUAGUUGAAGUUGCUCCCGUGUGAUCAUUCAACUACCAUAUGUUAAUGCAUGCAUUGCAUCCUUUGUUGCUAGCUUGUGUUCUAUGUAGAAUAAGUAGAGUGGUACUUUAUAGAAUUAGAAUGGAAUUUCUAUGUUGUGUCACAGUUGUAAUAAAGAAAAGGAAAAUGUAAUGUAUUAGGGAAACUUUAUGAUUUCUAUGAUGAAUGUUAAAAGUGUGCCAAAUAAAUUGAAAGGCUUAUUGUGUUUUAAUUCUGAAA